AUGGUUACCAAUUGUAGCGUGUGUGUAGAUUAUGCCAAUAAGCAGCCUUCAAAACCUUUGAAACCAACCGUUCCUCCAAAGUUUCCGUGGGAAAAGAUAGGAACCGACCUAUUUGAAUUUCGUGGAGAACAUUUUUUGGUUUCUGUGUGUUACCGUAGUAAGUUUCCAGAGGUUACCAAGAUGGAAUCGACAAGAAUUAGUGCUGUCGUAGACGAGCUCAAACGCCAAUUCUGUGUCCAUGGAAUUCCAGCCGAGGUCAUUUCUGAUAAUGGGCCCCAAUACAGUAGUCGCGAGUUCCAAGAAUUCGCAAAAGAGUAUGGUUUUAAACAUAUCACCAGCUCACCUCACUUCUCGAGAGCAAACGGAGAAGCAGAAAGAGCCAUCCAAACUAUUAAGAAUUUGUGGCGAAAGUGUAAUGAUAAGUACUUGGCCCUACUUCACUAUCGAACAACGCCGUUACCUAAUAUCCAACUGUCUCCUGCCAAACUACUUAUGGGACGUCGAUUGCGAAACGACCUGCCUAUGAUGGAAAGUUUACUUCAACCAGCUAACAACAGCCCACAACGUAUUUCCAAAUAUUUAAUGAAGACAAAAGAAGACCAGAAGAAGUACCACGACAAGCAUGCAAGUAAGGAGUUGAAAGAACUUCAGCCUGGAGCUAAAGUCCGGUUAGAACCGUGGACGCAUUUCAAAGAAUGGAAACCAGCGACGGUAGUGAGGCAUCACCAUACGCCAAGAUCAUAUGAGGUGCAAACCGAGGACGGAAGAAAGUAUUGUCGCAAUCGACAGCAUUUGAGAGUUUGCCCAGCUCUUGGAUCUGACAGCGACGACCAAACCAUAGCUCCAGUAGUUGACAAAGAAAUAUCAUCUCCCGAGAAUGCAGAUCCACUAUCCGUUGGUGCCGACUAA